UAUGCUUCUCGCCCAAUGUUAUCGCGACCGCAAAAAAUCUUCCCCGAGUCGCCGUUAUGACAAGACACUGCCAAGGAGGCUCCCACGUCACAUCCCCGCCUUACCCCGGGGCUUGGCUCCCCAUAUCAUACAGGCCAUGUUGUCCAAUCUUCUGUGCAACGCUGCAUUCAACUGGGCUGUAUUGGGUAGGUGGUUGUGAUCGGUUACUGUUACCCUUAUACUUGGCUCUUGUAUCCAACCAGUAUUGUGAGAAGUGUCGAAUGCUAACGUGGUACUACACCAAGGGAGGGCAAUUCGCUUUGCAUCCCACAUUGGAUAAUUCUUGCCACAAGUGUGCAAAUAUUUGGCUUUUAUGGACGUAUUGAGUGGGAUUUCCGAUGUGCCAAACUUCUCGGAUCCAGUUCUGGUGCCGGCUUAUGGUCAUUACAGUGCCGAGUUUCUAUGUUGAGUUCACAUGCCCACGUACAUGAGGGGUUGACAGUGGGGAUAAUGCCAGUCC